AUGGAUGAUGACAUCGAUAUUUAUGCGGAUUUAUCGAGUUUUAAUUUGAUUCCAGAAAAAAAAGACCAUGAUUGUAACUGCGAGGAAUUAAAGGAAGAGCUUAGUUCACUCAAAAGCAAACAUGAAAAUCUUCAGAGAGAUAAUACUAACUUAGUGAACAAUUUAUCUUCUUUGCUUAAAACUGCAAGAUCUGAAAUUACACGAAAGAACAAGACAAUAGAUGAUCUGAGGAAACGAUUGGACGAUGUAACCUUUAGAAGGAGCCACAACUAUAAACCUCAAGAGUUUUCUAUUUGUAAAUUACCAUAUCAGCAUACUGUAACUAAGAAGUAUGAAGAUGUUUCCUCGACACAUUCACAAGAAAGUGAAACUGAAGAAACCGAAUCUUAUCAAAUGCAGUUGUGUCACAACGAAUAUAAAGGUAAAAAGCCACAGAAUGAAGUUCAUAGGAUACCUACAGUAUUCGGGGAAAGAUUACAUAAAAGAAUUAUAGAAGAAAAAAAGCAACAAGAAUUAAUAAAGCUUGCUGCAGAAACUAAAACAAAGGAUAUUUCUAAGGAAGAUAUUAUUGAAAAGGAUAAGAAAACUGGAUCUUCAUCUGGUAUGAAUAACAACGACAAUGACUCUAAUGUUGGACGAUAUUCUAAUUCAGAACCUUCAUACGGAAAGAAUUUAAUGAAAAGGACAAAUGAAGAAGACGAUACAAAUAAACACAAACGUAUAAAAAUUGAAAAAAAUGAAGAGAAAACCGUAACCGAAUUAACGAAUAAUUAUCUUGCACAGUACGAUCUAACAGACAAUUUUGCACAAUAUGAGAUAAAAGAUAAUAUCAAAUUAGAAAAUCAAUUGGAUGCAGGACAUUCUUUUAAAAAGGAAGAAGUUUCAUACUGCGAUGAACGCAGAACUACUUCAGAAUAUCGAGACACAAAAGAGAAUCGAAAUUGUACAAACGGAUGGAGAAGUGAAAUGAAAAAUAAGUCAGCAAAAGAUUAUGACAGUUCUAGUAGCAAGAAUGGUCACGCCCAUAGUUUACGAAAUUCUCGGGCAACUUCGACGUCACGUACAACUCAUACCUCAGAAAGAUAUAACAGUGGUUAUAGGAGAAAUGGGCACAGAUAUAGUCCGCUUAGAAGAAGCUACUCUAGAAGCAGAAGCGAUUACGAGAGUUCGAGCAAUCAUCGUUUACAUGACAAAUUCAGUAGAACACAUAGACAAAAGAAGUAUGAUGAUUAUAAAUAUGAUAGUCGAUACAAAAAUGACAGAUUAAAAAGAAACUAUGAGAAGGAAGAAGAUGACAGGAAAACAAGAUAUUGGCGUGAUAAUAGGUAUUCUUUGAGCGACGACGACAAAGAAAGUAAUAGCUUUUAUAAAAAUAAGAAAUAUGAAAAUCGGAGAACAAGAAAGGAAAUGGCAAGCGUUUUAAAUGAUAAAAAGUUAUACAUCGGAACAACUGAACAAAUGCGCGAUAGUGAUAUUAUCAGUAAUGACAAAAAUGAUACUAAUAAAAAAUCGGAGGAUUCUGUUACUGAAAUUAUUAAGAUCAAAGAAAUGAUUGGUUUCAAUAUUGAUACUAAAAUCAAAGAGAUAGAUGAUUCUAGUAUGGAAAGUGUUCCUAAAAAGGAAGUAGGCAAUCUUAAUAUUGGAAAUGUUGAAAUCACAGAAAUAAACAAUUUUAAUAACGGUGAUAGUAUUCAUAAAAUUGAUGAUGAAGAAAUAAGAAUCUCUGCUGCUAAAGUUACAAAAGUGGAGGCUCUGCCUAAUUGUGAUAUUGAGGAUAGAGAUAAAAGUCAAGUAUCAAUUGAAAGGGAGACUUUUCAUCAAAUGUCAAAUAAAAGCGCCAAUGCAACAUGCCUCAACGAUCAUAAUUACGUUCAGAGUUCUUCUAUCAAUGUCUCUGAUCUCGAUGCAAUCCAAAAGCCGUCUUUGAGAUCAGAACGUAGCGCAGCUAUUUUGGAUACAGCAUCUUCGAAGGAAACGAAAGCAGAAGAAACAGUCAAUGUUCAAUCGUUUGCUGUUAAGAAAACAAUAUCAUCUGUAGUGAAGAAUAAAAAGGACCAACAAAAUAGAGGAACGUUAAUUUCGCAUCGUCGAAAAGCCGUAAAACUGAGCGACAGUAACGCGUCUAUGACCGUCCUGAUGAAUACAGCAAAAACGUCUUUUGUUACUAACAAUUGUAACAACAACGAUUCUACUUUGAAGCCGCGUGCCUGUAAAAUAUCGCGAGUGACUGGAAAAACAACUUGUAAAUAA